AUGGACCUCAAAGAGUCACAGUCCAAGGACGUGGAAACGUCCCCGUCGUCGCCCGCGCACGAUGCCCACCUCAUCCUGAUUCCCCAGCCUAGUGACCAUCCCCGAGAUCCUCUGAAUUGGUCGAUUCGACGGAAAUAUGUGAUUCUAUCUGUCUUGUGUCUCGCUUCUUUUUCGGGCGCGAUCGCACCUCUGUCGGGGCAACUUAAUCUUGCUGAUCAAGAGAAGUUGUAUCACAAGACUAAAUUGCAGGAGUCCUAUGCGAACUCUGCCGCGCUGGCUGGCAUGGCUGCGGGUCCAUUCUUCUUCGCCCCAAUCUCCCACGUCCUCGGACGUAGCUCAGUGAUCUUCUGGUGCAUCCUAUGCACGCUCGUAUGCCAGAUCUGGGGCGCAAUUAUGAUACAUCCCAAUGACUACAUUGCGUACAUCAUCUCGCGUCUGUUCGCCGGAUUCUUCGGCGCUGUGCCCACAGUCCUGGGCCCACGCAUUGUUACGGAUCUAUUCUUUCUCCAUCAGCGUGGCCGUGCCUUUACGGCGUUGCAUAUGGCGUUCCUCUUUGGCACGAUCGCUGGUCCUACCUUUUCAGGAUUUGUUUCUGCAAAUGCGUUCUUCCCGGUUGAGUUCUGGUGGACGGUCGGGCUACUCGGCUUCACGCUUAUUUGUUGCUUUGCUUUCUUACAGGAGACUGGUUUCGAUCGAGAAUGUCUCAAGAGAAACCCAGAGAUUCCACGUGGUUUGGUGGCUAACCGGGCUGCGACGUUCUUCUUAGGGCAAAGUGUCGUGUUGCCGACGACUUGGAAGGAAACUGCCAAGGUUGGAAUCACUCCCUUCCUCAUUGGAAUCUGUCCCGUGACAAUAAUCAUGGGUAUUUUCACACUCAUCUCAUUCGGAUUCUACGUUGGGGUCAACGCCCUUACCCCAGUCUGGCUACAGAAACCAGUCGAAGCGGGCGGGUACGGGUUCUCGCUCAAGCAAAACGCAGCCUUCACAUUCUGUCACUGGAUUGGUAUUAUCUUCGUCCAAUUUUUCGGCCACUACCUUAACGACCAUAUCCCCCUUGCCCUCGCAAAGCGCUGGAAUGGAGGUGCUUGGAAGCCUGAGUACCGGUUACAUGUUCUCUGGCUGCCGAGUUUGGUGAUCAAUCCCAUCGGGCUGGGCAUCUUCGGAGCUGCACUGCAGUACCACCUGCACUAUAUGGUACUUGCGCUGGCGGUCUUCCUGGUUACUAUCGGGUCCUUGGCUAGUGUGCCCGUCACUGUCAAUUAUGUCGUUGAGUGCUUCACGCGGUAUCCUGCUGAGGCGGGUAUUGUGAUCGGUGCUUACCGUAUUGUCUACGGAUUGACGAUUAGCUUCUAUAUCGAUCCAUGGGUUGAAGCUGUGGAUGUGGGCUGGGUUUAUGGGAUGAUGGCUUUUUUUGCUGUCUUCUCUUUCUUCUUUGUUAUGCUGCUUAUGUGGAAGGGGCAUGCUAUUCGGGGCAUCCAGUUCUCGAGUAUUUCCUCUAGCGAGGAGGGUAAGAAAUUGGUUGAGUAG